UUCUCUUAGAAAACCCACAUUGGGAUUCUGGGAGAUCUUGUCACUCUCUUUCACUUGAAUUUCGGGGAACAAUUGUUUCAGUACUCACACAUCAUGGCCAACGACCCUCAAGGUGCAGGAAAGAGGAAGAGACCGAGGACCCAGUCGUGCCCUCCUCCAGAGCUACCGCAGCUCGUCGCUGAACAGCAUGUUCCGAUAGCAGCCAAUGACAAGGACACCAAGCGUCUCAUUGUGGUCUUGUCAAAUGCCAGCUUGGAGACUUACCGCUCCUCUCAUGGCGGCCGCAGUGGUAGCGGCCGGGAGGAGAAGUAUUCGCUUCUUAACAGCGACGAGCACAUCGGUAUCAUGCGGAAGAUGAACAGAGAUAUCAGUGACGCUCGACCAGAUAUCACCCACCAGUGUCUCCUUACACUUCUCGACUCACCCAUCAACAAGGCUGGAAAACUCCAGAUCUACAUCCAUACCGCAAAGGGCGUUCUCAUCGAAGUUAGCCCCACCGUUCGCAUUCCUCGAACCUUCAAGCGAUUCGCUGGUCUCAUGGUCCAGCUGCUGCACCGACUUUCUAUUCGCUCCACAAACUCACAAGAAAAGCUGCUGAAAGUGAUCAAGAACCCGAUCACUGAUCACCUACCGCCCAACUGUCGCAAGGUCACGCUGAGUUUCGACGCUCCUGUGGUGCGUGUCCGGGAUUAUGUCGAGUCCCUCGGCCCGAAGGAGAGCAUCUGCGUGUUCGUCGGAGCCAUGGCCAAGGGUCGUGAUGAUUUCGCAGACAGCUUCAAGGAUGACACGAUCAGUAUCAGCAACUACAGUUUGAGUGCUAGUGUUGCAUGCAGCAAGUUCACCCACGCCGCCGAGGAAGCGUGGGACAUUGUAUGAUGGACCGCGCCCGCGCAAAAAAACUGUUCAGAUGCACGCUUGACGAGAGCGUAUGUGAUUGCUUCAGCGACCAGCUUCCGGAUCA